AAGAGGAGGAUUACAGGGGAUAUCGAGCAGCACCCAGUGUUAGCAGCAAACUGGAUUUUUCCUUCUGUCUAAGCACAGGCCAUUACCAUCACUGGAAGCUAUAGCAACUCUGCAUCCCCUGCUGCCUGUUUCCUUCCUUCCUGCACAGAAUGAAGCAUCAUUGGGAAUGGUUGGUGUGGUUGAUGACAUUGCUCAUUAUUGUAGCAGCCACAGAAGCCCACGGCAGUUUAGAUGAUGAUGAAAAGGAGGAGCUGCUGGACAACAUAGAAGAAGUUCACAGUGAAGAAUCCAAAAGUUAUCUAGAGGUUGCAUAUCAAAGUCCGGCUCCUAGUGGAGAUGUCUAUUUCACAGAAACGUUUGAUGCUGGAACACUGGAUGGCUGGGUGCUCUCCAAAACCACAAAGGAAGAUGCUGAUGAAGAAAUUGCUAAGUACGAUGGGAGAUGGGAAGUGGAAGAGUUGAAAGAAAACAAAUUGUCAGGAGACAUGGGGCUGGUUCUGAAGUCUGUGGCAAGACACCAUGCCAUUUCAGCAAAACUGAACAAGCCUUUUAUAUUUGACAGUAAACCUCUCAUUAUUCAAUAUGAAGUGAAUUUUCAAGAUGGGAUUGAUUGUGGUGGAGCUUACAUAAAACUACUUACUGAUCCACACUGUCAGAACCUGGAGGAGUUUCAUGACAGAACACCUUAUACGAUCAUGUUUGGUCCAGACAAGUGUGGAGAAGACUAUAAACUGCAUUUUAUCUUCAGGCAUAAAAACCCUAUCAUUGGAGACUAUGAUGAAAAACAUGCAAAGCGUCCUGAGGUUGAUUUAAAAAAGUACUUUAAUGACAAAAAGACACAUCUUUAUACACUUGUUGUGAAGCCAGACAACACAUUUGAGAUGCUUAUUGAUCAGACUGUUGUCAGCCAAGGAAGUUUGUUGGAAGACGUGAUCCCACCACUUAACCCUCCCAAAGAAAUUGAUGAUCCUAAAGACAAAAAGCCAAAAGAGUGGGAUGAAAGGGCAAAAAUUCCUGAUCCUAAUGUGGUAGAACCCGAAGAUUGGGAUGAGGGCGGACCGGCUCAGAUAGAAGAUGUGAAUGCUGAAAAGCCAGAGGGAUGGCUGGAUGAAGAACCCAAAAUCAUACCUGAUCCAAGUGCACAAAGGCCACUUGACUGGAACGAUGACAUGGAUGGAGAAUGGGAGGCACCAUUUAUUCCCAACCCUAAAUGCGAGUCUGCUCCUGGAUGUGGAGAGUGGCAACAACCAAUGAUUGAUAACCCGGAAUACAGAGGAAAAUGGAAGCCUCCAUUGAUUGAAAAUCCCAAUUACCAGGGCAUCUGGAAACCACGAAAAAUACCAAACCCACAUUAUUUUGAAGAUCUGAAUCCAUUUAAAAUGUCGCCUUUUAGCGCAAUUGGCCUAGAGUUAUGGUCGAUGACUUCUGACAUCUACUUUGACAAUUUCAUCAUCUGUUCCGACAAGGAGGUGGCCGAUCGCUGGGCAUCAGAUAGCUGGGGUCUGAAGAAACUGGUAGCUAGUGCUAAUGAGCCAGGUAUGUUGAACCAGCUCCUGACUGCUGCAGAAGAGAGACCGUGGCUCUGGGUUCUCUAUGUUUUGACGGCUGCUCUGCCUGUGGGCUUAUUAGUACUAUUCUGCUGGCCCAGAAAGAAAAUCGAAGAGGAGGACAUGGAAGACAUAGAUUUCAAAAUGGAUGAUUUCUUGGAUCCCAGUGAAAAAGAAUUUGAGCUAAAGAAAGAUACAAGGGAGAAUGCUGAGACUUAUGAAGAGGAAACUGGAAAAGUAAUGACAGAGGAAGGAUUUGAAGAAGAUGAAGAGAGCGAAGAAGAAGGCGAAGUCAGUCAAGAGGACGAACAGGAUAGUGCUAUAGAAAACCAGUCUUCGGAUGAGGAAAUGAAAGAAGCUGAUGAAGGUGCAAGUUCUGGAGAUGGUCUGAAGAAAUCUUUGCGUAAAAGAAGAGUACGAAAAGAUUAGUCCCACAUCUGCACACUCCCUCCUAGGAUUUUUAUAGUUAACCACUCACCAGCAAAGCUCUCAAGACCUCAUGGGGAUUGUAACAAUUUGAACAGAAAACUACUUUUUUUUUGUCCAAUAUUGAUUAUCAUGAAUAUCUUCCAAACCUGCCCCACCAUAUUUGCUGCUGGAAGUUUUUGUAUGGGACUCUGGAUCGGAGUCCUCAUGUGACUUUUUACCUAAACUUUUGUAGUCAUGGUUAUAUUUUGUCCCGUUUCAUGUUACUUAUCCCUUUAUUACAAAAGUAAAGUGUGUCCUGACUUUGAUACACAAAUGCGAAUAGUGGAAAUUAUGGUAAAAUACAAAUGUAACUUUAUUAGUAAGAACAAAAUACAGAAGCACCAUUCAAGAAAAGGAAGACAAAAAAAAGAGGGGAGAAGGGUAGCCACAGACAAACAUGUUUUAAAUAUUGACGAUCCUUAUUCUUACGUAACUAACCAUAAAGUUGGGCUGUAUCACAUUUUCUUGAAGGAGUAGCUGCUUUUUUUUUGUUCCUAAUAGAGUUGAGUUUGUACGAUCAGAAUGUCCACUGUGUGUGCGGCUCAGGGCUUAGACAUAUCUGUCUCUGUUACAAGGUAGCCCUGGAACAACCAAAACCUGCCGAGAGAUAUUUACAGCGGUACUGUAAUCAUUUUUUGACUGUCAGUUUGUAAACAUGUUUGCCAAUGUGUACCCGUACCAGAUUCUGAGGUAAAAUUUGCAACCAGAAAAUAUUAAAGAAAACACCAACAGCUGUUUAUUGAAGUCUAAUUUUUGAAUAACUGAAUAUCUUCAUGCCAGCCUGCUGGGAGUAACAUCUAGGCAGAAUACUCUGUAACACUAUAAAGCCAACACACUAUGAUCUUUCUAAUAUCAGCAAAAGACCACAGAAUACAAUUAACUCUUUCAUUAACAGGGCAUUUUAAUUCCAUAUUGAUUUUGUUCUAUUGUUAUGAUAACAGUUUAUUAAUAUGUCUAUUUAUUUGGGAGGACAUCUAACCUUGCUUCUAUUUCAAAUGUUUGACAGAGAAAUGUAUUUGGCCAUUUUUAAAGGCAUGCCUUAUAUCAUCACACCUGCUGAGCAUGCGGAUAUAUUUAUUCUGGUGACCUUACUUAGCUUACGUACCAAGGUUUAAUAAUGUGGUUUGCUAGAGCUGUCUUGGUGACUGGUACAUGUGUUGUAUCUCUAAGUCAACUGGCAGCAGACUUUUACAUUUUUAUGCUAUUACAUUAUAUAUACAUAUAUAUGAAAAAUGGUGUACAGUUUUUUCCAGAUUUUUAUAGUUUAAAGUCAAACCCAAGUUGUGAAUUAUAAAAUGUACAUUGUUAUUGAAAAUAAAUAUUUAAUAUUU